AUGAGCACCGACCCGUAUGUCUUUCUGCGCAGCAUCAUCGAUAGCAUUGACAAGCCAGUGCGGUUGGGGGGCAUCCUGGAGCGUGCAGCAUUGGACACCCUGCGCAGAACGGGCCAUCAGCAGAGACCUGUGAUCCUGUCUUUGGGUGGCGAUGCCACCGUGGAGGACCUGCGCGAUUGUGUCCUGGCCUCCAGGCAAGUUGUGCGGGACCUCUCAUGGCUCAUCCGGGCGCCUCCGGUGCUUUCCGACCAGGCAGGUAUGGAACUCUUGCGCCUCCCAGAUUCUGCCGACGAGGCCACAGCUGACUGGCUGGCAGGACUGGACCGGAAUCCCAAGGCACUUCUGGAGAACUUGGAAUCGCAGUCCGGCGUGAAGCGGCUCGGUUUCUACGCCGCAGCCCUGACACAGUUUUGGUUGGAGGAAGGCCCAGGCUGGAACACAAAGAGAACGCUGUCGGCCGUGCAGCUCAGCACUGGUGCACAGUCCAGGCAGACAGCCGGACAGCUCAAGCUGGUCUGCUUGCGCCCUGGUGAAGCUCUUCACGUCGAGUCCUCCGUCAAGUUCUUCGCGGACGCGUCGCACGCGGAGCCGAAGCUCAAGUCCUGCGCAAGCUCCUAUGUCGGCCCUUUCCUGCAUGAGAACUUGGCGUGGCGGCUGGCGGAGGCGAGGAGAAAGAUCACCUCGACGAGAAGUGCCUCCGUGCAGGCGUAUUUGCAGAAGGAGUUCGGAGACGUCGCGGUUCGCUCCGUGUACUUUCUCAAAGGCUACAUCUUCAAGCCCCUGGAAGAGUUCUGGUCUUGGGGUCGCCACCUGCGAGAUCCUCCGGCUGAGGUCAAUGCCGACUCGGCCACAGGCUGGUACACCACGCAGGUUUCGCAGGCCAUGGAGGCGAUCUCACCAGGAGCCCGCCUGGCCGUGCUCCCCAAGCUUUUCUGGCUCAGCCCGGCCGUGGCUUCGGGGGAUCCGCCCGUGAUCCUGGGGGAUGAGCUGCCCGGGCAGCAGGAGUCGGUACCGACAGAUUGGCCGGAGAAAGUGCGCCGAGACGUGGAGGAGCAUUUUCAGAGUGUGGACACGGCGCUCCUCUUGUGUGAGCUGGUUUUGGCGGAGGGGGAGAAGGAUGUGUGGGUGGAGAGGUCCAGGGGCUUCAUCCUCCCCCCGGUCUGGGAUCCCAAGGCUCUCAUGACGGGAGGACCUCAGGGAAUGAAGAACUCUGCGGACCUUUCGCAGCAGGGGCAGGAUGAGCCGCCCAGCAAGUGGUCCAACCAGCGAAGGAAGUACUCGGAGCGGCUGGCAGACACCGCCCGGCAGCUCGCCCCCAGCCUUGAGACCGCAGGGGUCCACGCGACGGUGCCGCAGAAGCUCAGCGAGGAGCUGACGUCGGAGCAUCUGGUCGACUACGUGCUCUUCGCCAAGACGGCGCGGCGAAGCGCCGAGCCAUCAAGGUUCCAGCGCCGGCUGUCCCUGCGCACCGCCUUGGAGGGCGCCGAAGCUUCGCAGCCGGGCAAGGUGUGCCAGCUGGUCACGGCGGCCUUGGCCCGGCUGGUGGGGCACCAGAUGCACCAGCGCAGUGAUGGGCAUUUCAUCCUGGAGCUGCUUGUCAAGCCCUCGGAACAAAGCCUCGCCCCAUCGGCAUGCUCUGUGACUUUUGAAGCAGAUGCCGAUGCAAUGAAGCAAAUGUUGGCCCUGGGGCUGUCUGGGGCUUUGUGCUUGCGGCUCGCGGUGAAGUUUGCGGCACGGUUCUGCUUCUCUCCACCACGGAUUCCUGAAGAUCAAGCUCUUGCUCUUUUCGAAGAUGCCGUGAACUCUACUGACCGCUCUCGUUUGGCUGGCCUGGUGGAGUACCUAGCAGCGAGCUCCUCCCUCGAGCUUGCUGACAAGCGAUUGCCUCUGGAUGCCAUCCUCUGCAAACUGACGAUGCCACCUGCAGAUGGAACCGUCUUGGACCUGGUUUGCCAGCAUGUCCCCAGCUUGUGCCAGAACCUCUCCGCCAUGCUCACGUCGACAGGACAGCUGAAGCUCGCCAGAAAAAUCGAGACGCGCCGCCUGCGUGGCUUCGCCGGCAACGCCGGCUACAUGGAGGAGGCUGGAAGCCUGAGGCCUCCCUCUGCGACCUCCACGGCUUCGCCGGCUCUGCCCAAGCUCUGCCUGCCCCAGUCGGUACGCAUCGUCCGCGUCGAAGAUGCCCAAGGCCUGGACCUGCUCCAAGAACGCCUGAAGACCCAAAAGGGGGUCAUCGGCCUAGACGCCGAGUGGAAGCCCUGGGAGGAGGGCUCCCCGAGCCGCGCCCGCAACCGGAAAGGACACGUGGCGAACCCGGUGCAGUUGCUGCAGUUGGCGUGGGCUGAUACAGCCUACCUGCUGGACAUACCCUCCCUGUUGGCGGUGGCCGAAGAGGAGCUUGCUGGCCUGCUACAACUCUUGCUUCAGCCCGGAGGUGAAGCGGGCCACAUCUUGGUCGGUUUCGGGCUGGAAGGCGACCUGCGAAGGAUGGCCGAUUCCUACCCGUGGUUGAUGUCCCGAUGCUCCGCCGGCAAUUUUCCCUUCAUUGAGAUGCAAGACCUUGCGCGCACUGUGGCCCCGAACCAUUCCUUGGACAAUCUGUGUGCUCUGCGAUUGGGCCUCUCCCUGGACAAGUCCCUGCAGUGCAGCAACUGGGAGCUGCGCCCACUGCCAACUCCGAGCAUCGAGUACGCGGCCCUGGACGCCUGGAUCUUGCUCGCCCUUUUGGGCCACUUCCUGCAGCAAGCCGGUACGGAGAAGAGCCUCCGCGAGCUGGCCGAGGUUUCCGUGUCCUUGGCGGCGCCGCUUUCGCACACCGGCCUAGCGCUUGGGUCAGGAGUCUGCGCAACAGCGACGGCGCUGCGACAGCUCGGUGUGGUCGAUCAGUCGGUGCUGAGUUGGGGGGACGAAUGCUCCGAUGAUGUGAAUGUCUGCAAGACGCUGGCCUGCGUGGCCAUGGACAGCUCAGGUCAAGGGCGCUUUUGCCUGGCUGUCUUCUCGGACGGUUCGGCGACCCUGAGCAUGCCACGACUUGCAGAGGCGAUGCGAAGCACUUCGGCUCGCUUGGUGACAGCCGAGGAGCUGCGUGAGCACUUCCGGCAGCCCCGUGGAUGUGUUGGUCCCGUCGGUCCGGCACUUCUCGCGCAUCCACCCGCCAGUGUGGUGCUGGAUGACGCCUUGCUUUCGAUCGGGGGCAAACUCUCCUGCGGCGGGGGCUCUCCGCAGUGGCACUUGGUGGCGACACCACAAGAAAUCCUCGACUGGACUCAUGGCCUCGCGGCCCCGAUCCGAAUGGACUCCGCCACUUGA